AUGUACAGAGCUGCUAACUGCUCUGUUGUCACUCUAAUUCCUAAGCACAAGAGUGCAAAAGAGAUACAAGACUAUCGACCUAUUGCGUGCUGUAGUACCUUGUACAAAAUCAUAUCCAAGAUUUUGGCCAACCGACUCAGCAAAGUACUAGGUACGAUAAUUGGUGCGAAUCAAGCAGCGUUGGUCAAAGGGCAGAGAAUUCAUAACCAUAUUCUAAUCACAUAUGAAUUGAUUAAGGGAUACGAAAGGAAGAAUAUUUCUCCCCACUGUUUAAUGCAAAUGGACAUUGAAAAAGCAUAUGAUGCGGUUGAUUGGAAUGCGCUUGAAAAGAUUUUGAAUGAGGUGGGAUGCCCAUAA